AUGGACUUGGAUUGUAUACAAUCUCCAUUCCCUUUUGAUCAAGUAGAUGAGUUAUUUCCACUCCCUUCUCUUUCCCCUAUACACCUUUCUGUUGCUGAUCACCCUCCAUUGAUCGCUUCCAUCAACAACACCAACAGAAAUAUCUCCGAAAAGCCAAAAAAAGGUCGUCGGCGGAAGUCCCCGAACACUUCGGCCGAUAUUGAGGACGAGAACCCGAACCCAAACGAACAUAAAAAGAAGAAGAUUAUCCACAGAGAUGUUGAACGCCAAAGAAGGCAAGAAAUGUCCACUCUUUACGCCGCUCUUCGCUCACUUCUCCCGGUGGAAUAUCUCAAGGGAAAGCGAUCGAUAUGUGAUCACAUGCAUGAGACAGUGAAAUACAUACAACACAUGCAAACCAAGAUUCAAAUGCUGAGAAACAAGAGAGAUGAGCUUAAAAAGAAUAUUGAAGAUGGUGAGGAUUCCAGGAACAUUACCACAAUCGAAACAUUAAACUCCUCAAAAAGGGAUAGUGUGCUAGUGAUGCCAAGAUCAUGUGGAGGAGUUCAAAUUCUUCUAGACACAGCUACACACCAUAGGCUUCCACUUUCCAAUCUUAUCAAAUUUCUAAUUACUCAAAAUCUUCAAAUCAUUAGUUGUCAUUCUACUAGGAAGAACGACAGGUUCCUCCACACUAUUGAAUCUGAAGCUGCUGUCGAUGUUGAAACAAUUGAUAUGUCGGAACUACAGAAUAAAUUGACUAACUUGGAAUAUUUUCCAUUAGAUUAA